AUGGACUCCGUCAUAUGGAUGCAAAGCAUGGUCCAGGGCCACGCGGUGCUCGCCGUCACUGGCCUGGCGGCUCUAUCGCUGAUAACAGUGGUACUGUAUCGCCUCACACUCCAUCCCCUUGCACGAGUCCCUGGUCCUAUUCUCGCUGCCGCUACAGGUGCAUACGAAGCCUACUUUCAGCUGAUAAAAGACGGAGGCGGUCGAUAUUGGGUCGAGAUAGAUCGACUCCAUGAUCUAUACGGGCCGAUUGUGCGAAUCAGUCCAUGGGAAGUCCACAUUAAAGAUUCAAACUGGAAUGACGUCUACAAACUAUCGUCGAAAGCGGCCAAGCCUAGCUGGUAUUACCGAAGCUUCGGCAGUACCACAAGCACUGCGACUACGGAACCGGAUCACCUCCAUCGAAUGCAUCGCCAGGCUGUGCAGCCGUGGUUCUCAUCCCAAAAUGUUACUCGAAGUCUACCAAAAAUACAAGAGACAAUUGAAAAGCUUCACGAUCGCUUGGCCUCCUCCGUCGGCCAGGUCAUAAAUUUGAGCGAUGCAUACCGGUCCCUCGCCCUCGACGUCGCAACCGCCUUUGUUUUUCGAAAACCAUUCGGUGCCUUGGAUCAUCCAGAUUUCAACCAAGACUUCAACGAGGCUAUCAAGAGCUAUAGCCGCAUUGGAAUAUUCAACAGGCAUCUUUUCGGACUCCCACACUGGCUGCUCCAAUCGCUUCCGGCAUCCAUCACAAACAAAAUCAGCUCUAGAGCUGGCCAAUCUUUCGUAGCGACAGUCAAUCGCUUUGCUCGAUACGCUUUCGACAAUCCAGUUGUGCCGGAAGAGGGCCCGCAAGAUGCAGUACAGACGAUGCUCGCAGCAAACCUCCCAAAACAGCAAAAAACUUUCGACCGCGUAUUUGGUGAAUGCCGAAGUUUUAUUCUUGCUGGAACUGAGACUACCGCCACCGUUCUAACCUCAAUCACCUACCAUGCUCUAGCAAAUCCGGACAUACUCACCAGGCUACGGACCGAAAUCAGAAGCGCCUUCGAAGCAAAGGGGACUGCUCUGGAGUAUCAAGAAGUCAAAGCCUUGCCAUAUCUGACUGGCGUCAUCAACGAAGCUCUACGAACGAGCAACUCCAUUUCCGCACGACUUGUCCGCUACUCUGAUGUAGCCGACUUGCAGUACCAGCAAUUCUUCCUGCCUCGUGGAACUUAUAUUUCUGUUAGCAUGGAUGACCUGCACAUGAAUUCUGUCAUUUUUCCUGAGCCCGAAAAGUUCAACCCCGACCGCUGGCUGAACCAAGCCGACUACAAGCGACUUGUGAAGCAUUUACAGCCAUGGGGCCGUGGAUCUCGACUUUGUCUCGGCCUGGAUCUUGCCUAUACUGACGUCUACUUGACGGUGUCACGACUGUUUGGUCCACAAUGCAGCUUCCAGAUGCAGCUGUUCAAAACAAAGCAAAGCGACUGGGACGUUUUUCAUGAUUACUUUGGACCAGCACCCGGUCCCGGAAGCCGGGGGCUGCGAGUGCUUGUUGAACCCAGCUAG